UGACUCUACGCUUGUCACGUGACUGUAGUUCGGGGAACAUGGCGCUGGAAGACGAGCAGGAAGCUUUGCUCCCUGGAAGCGACAAUGGCUUCUCCAGCAGUGUACCCCAGAGGCAGAUGCCGGCCAUCUGUGACCCCAGCAGGCUGGCCCAUCGCAUCGUGGUGCUGGUCCUCAUGUGCUUCCUGGGAUUCGGGAGUUAUUUUUGCUAUGAUAACCCUUCAGCUUUACAAACUCAGGUUCAACUGGACAUGAAGGUGAACACUGCUGAUUUCAUGCAACUCUAUGCCUUUUAUUCCUGGCCCAAUGUCAUCCUUUGCUUUUUUGGAGGAUUUCUUAUUGACCGAGUAUUUGGAAUUCGGUUAGGAACGAUAAUAUUUAGCCUGUUUGUUUGUGUAGGGCAGGUAAUAUUUGCAGCUGGUGCGUUGUUCAAUGCUUUCUGGUUAAUGGAAGCGGGUCGACUGGUAUUUGGGAUUGGUGGGGAAUCGCUUGCUGUUGCGCAGAAUACAUAUGCAGUGAGUUGGUUCAAAGGAAAAGAACUGAACCUGGUGUUUGGAUUGCAGCUCAGUAUGGCCAGAGUGGGCAGCACUGUUAACAUGAAUGUCAUGGGACUGGUGUACGAACAGAUAAAGGCUGCUAUGGGCUCUACUGGUUACACAACGCUUGGUGUAACCCUUAUGAUCGGUGGCGUAACAUGUUUGUUCUCACUGGUUUGUGCGCUAGCUCUUGGCUAUCUGGAUAGAAGAGCAGAAAAGAUUCUCAACAAAGAACAAGGAGAAACUGGUGAAGUGAUCAAACUGACUGAUGUCAAGGACUUUUCUCUCAGCCUUUGGUUGAUAUUUUUAAUAUGCGUUUGCUACUAUGUUGCUGUCUUCCCUUUCAUUGGCCUUGGAAAGGUUUUCUUCAUUGAGAAGUUUCAGUUCUCACCUGUUCAAGCGGGAGCCAUAAACAGCGUGGUUUACAUCAUUUCUGCACCGCUUUCACCUGUAUUUGGUUUCAUGGUUGACCGAAUUGGGAAGAACAUUAUCUGGGUUAUGUGUGCUGUGGUGGCUACUCUUGCUGCUCAUCUCAUGUUGGCCUUUACCUUGUGGAACCCCUGGAUUGCUAUGAGUUUGUUAGGUGUGUCCUAUUCUCUUUUGGCUUGUGCAUUGUGGCCAAUGGUUGCCUUUGUGGUCCCCGAGCAUCAGCUAGGAACUGCAUAUGGAUUUAUGCAGUCCAUCCAGAACCUGGGUCUUGCCAUUAUUGCCAUUCUUGCUGGAGUCAUCUUGGAUUCCCGAGGAUAUCUGUUUUUAGAAGUCUUCUUCAGUGCUUGCAUCUGCAUGGCCAUUGUAGCUGUUGUCAUGUUGUACUUUGUGAACCACCUUAAAGGUGGAGACCUCAACCUGUCUUCAUGGGAAAGAGAAAAACUACAGAAACAGGCGGCCAUUGAGGCUGAAAAGCAACGACUACGGAGGCAAAAUUCAGAAAGUAGGUUUCGUCCUUUAAGUGCAUUAGAAGUUAGAGUUCGAUACCUCUCACGGUUGGGAGCACAGCUGCCGGAGCAUUACUGCAGCCAUUUGUCAUCUCUGGCCCACAGAAGCGUCUUGAAAUAACAUCGCGCAGUAUUUGUCCAUGUGCUGCUUGUCCUUCGGUGUGUGGUAAAAUGUGCCAAAUGAUUUAUGAAGCUGCUCAAAGUUCGGUCACAGGGAUAUACAUAACCAUUUAUGUGUAUCAGACAUUUCAAUCUAUGCAAAGUGGACUAUGUUGACGUGAACCCACCUUAUAAAUGUUGAUGGCUCUUGUGCCUCUCUGGGGUCAUCAGUAAAACGGCAACCACUAUAGCUAAUCAUUGUCCCGGGUGUCAUCCUCAAAUCUAAGUCUUAUAGGCACUGUGUUCUUUACAUUAGUAGAGGUUCAGAAAUAUAGGAAUCAUCUGUAUUUUGUGCAGGUCAUAAUCUAAAAUUCAGGGACAUCAGCUCUCCUUUCUUUAAUCCUAGGGAAAGUUUAACACGUUUUUUUUUUCCCCGCCUCCAAUGGAGCCACACGUUUCCCUGCACAACUAUUAUGUAUGCUAGUCCUGCUGGCCAAAUGUAGACCAUGUUAUUGACCUUCUCCAUAUAUGUAAGUAGUUAGUUUACACAGUAGGGACAUUUACAAGAGUUUUGCAUCAGAGAUAAGGGGCGAGAUUCAAAAUCAACAUACUGGCCUAGAUCUGAAGGAUAGGGGAUAAGUUUUAGAUUGCGAGGGGGGGUUCCUUCGGAAAGGGGAUAAAUUUUUUUUUUUGCACGAUUCUUGUCUUUUGAGAUGGGCCAGAAUUCUAGCACAGUUUAAAGGGGUAUUCCAGGCAAAAACAUUUUAUCCCCUAUCCAAAGUAUAGGGGAUAAGAUGUCUGAUCGCGGGGGGCCCGCUGCUGAGACCCCCGCGAUCUCCCUGCAGCAUCCGCAUUCUAUGCGGGUGCUGAAUCUCCA